GUCCAACAAUAUUAAAACAUCUUUAUUCCUUACUAGCUGUUGAAUUGACAAUGACCACAGAGUCCUUUUCCCCUUUCGUCGUCUUUUAGAUUCGUCACCGACUUUUCCUUCACUUUCCACUCCACUCUCCCACUACCGCAGAUGCUCCAUAUCCUCCGCCAUGGUCGAUCCCAAUAGACCUGUUACCGGCUACCCCGCCACCGCCACCGCCUCUCCUCCCAACCCCAAUGGCUACUCCGCCGCUCAACCCCCACCUCCGGUCACCGCCUACCCUUACGCCGCACCACCGUAUUACAACAAUUACCCCUACCCAGACCCUUACGCCACGCAGCGUAAUACCUUUCUCCGACGAGUGAUAGCAAUAAUUGUUGCUUCUACAAUCAUCACCGGAGCAAUUCUUUUCGUCAUCUGGAUUGUCAUUCUUCCACGCAUCCCCGAGCUCCAAGUCGACUCACUCACUGUUUCCAACCUCAAUCUGUCGAAUUCCCUCAUAACUGCAAGCUGGGAUCUCCGAUUUACUGCCAGGAAUCCAAACAAGAAGCUUACUCUGUACUACGACGAAAUUGCGGCUGCGAUUUUCUAUGAUUCACUCUCAAUUGCUGAUACUACGGUUCCACCUUUCUUUAUGGAUAAGGGAAACGAGACUUCCCAAAAGGUUAGCUUUGUUGCGUCAGGGGCGUAUGUGGAGAAAUGGGCUUUUGAUGGCAUGGGUAAAGAGAGGGCUGAAAGAGCUAGUAUUAGAUUCAAUGUGAGGAUGGUAGCUAGGGUUAGUUUUAAAGCUGGAGCUUGGAGAGCAAGGAGGAGGUAUUUGAGGGUUUAUUGUGGGGAUUUGUCAGUUGGGGUUGCGUUAAACAAGUCUUCUGGGAACUUGCUUGAAGGACAAAAGCGGUGUCGGGUUGGGCUGUGAUGGUGGCGUUUUCACUAAGUGAUAUGAAGCAGUUCAAGAUAAUGUCUAUAUGAACUUUUAGGCUUCUACUAUCAUGUCUACUCAUUGAUUCAAGCUUGGAGUACCAAGAUCGUGACCUUCGUGAUACAGCUCCAAUUUGGUUGUGGGACAUUGUUUUGGCAGAUUAAAGAAUAACCAACUAUUAAGAUGUUGUGGUUGUGCGAAAAUAUGAAUAGAGGGAGAAUACUAAGGGAAAAAGGAGUUGUAAAGGACUAUUGCUGUGAAUCCUUUUGAAUAGCCUCUUUGUUCAUGUUAUUUCAUGUGAUAGGCACUUUUGAUGUAGUUAAACAACAUAAAAAAAGAAUCUUCAAGACA